AUCUGAAAUCCAAAACACAUGUAGGGAGAGAGAGAGAGAGAGAGUCACUGCCAGUGUCCAGCCUCUUAUAACUUUUCUUGCCACAUUGUCUUGAAAACAAACACAAAUCCACCAAACACUUUGACACACUGCAACAACUAACCUCUGCUUCCACAUACAGCUUUCAUUUUUUUGCUUUUCACAGCUCCCUCAUGAUCCCUCUCUGUCCAUGGUGUUCAAUCGCGUAUUACAACAAAUGGGUAUAGGGUUUUCUGUGAAUUCCAACCAAGUUUCUUUGAUUCUGAUUGUUUAAAAUUAGUGGGUUUUCUGAGUUUUGAAUCAAUUGGGUCUUUCUGAUGGGUCCUGUGAGAGGUUACAAAAAGAGGAGGAAGGUUGAACCAAACGCGUCAGCUUCUGGGUCUUCUGAGGAGGGUUCUGUGGAUUGGUGGGAUGUCUUCUCCAAAAGGAUUGCUGGUCUUUUAUCUCCAUCAGAGGGUUCGGAUAAGUUCGAAUCUGUUUUCAAGAUAUCCAGAAAGACCUUCAACUACAUAUGUUCACUAGUUAAGGAACAUAUGAUGGCCAGGUCAGCAAACUUUGUGUUUAGUAAUGGAAUGCCAAUGUCUUUAAAUGAUCGAGUAGCUGUAGCUUUAAGAAGGCUAAGCUCUGGCGAUUCACUAAUAUCAGUUGCCGAUUCAUUUGGAACGAAUCACUCUACUGUCUCUCAAGUGACCUGGCGUUUCGUAGAGGCCAUAGAAGAAAAUGGGCUUCACCACCUUCAGUGGCCUUCCAUGGAACAAGAAAUGACAGACGUAAAAUCCAAAUUCGAGAGACUCCGUGGCUUUCCAAAUUGUUGCGGUGCAAUUGAUACCACCCACAUUACCAUGUUGUUGUCUUCAUCUGAAAUGGGAAGUAAUUUAUGGCUCGAUCGUGAGAAGAAUCACAGUAUGAUCUUGCAGGCGAUUGUGGACCCCGACAUGAGGUUCCGAGACAUAGUUACUGGAUGGCCGGGAAAAAUGAAUGAUUUUGAUGUGCUUCAGAGCUCAACUUUCUUCAAGCUAUGUGAGAAAGGAGAGAGGUUAAAAGGGCACACGAUGAAGCUCUCAGACAGAACAGAAUUAAAUGAAUAUAUAGUUGGUGAUUCGGGGUUUCCAUUACUUCCGUGGCUUGUCACGCCUUAUCAAGGAAAAGAGCUAUCAGAAUCUGAGUUUGAGUUCAAUAAGCGCCAUUUUGCAACUCGUAUUGUGGCACAAAGGGCGUUGGCGAGGUUGAGGGAAACGUGGAAGAUAAUUCAAGGAGUGAUGUGGAGACCCGACAAGCAUAGGUUGCCAAGAAUCAUUCUUGCAUGCUGCAUUCUUCAUAACAUUGUCAUCGACAUGGAAGAUGAGGUGCUCGAUGCGUUGCCUUUGUCUCACCACCACGACACAGGUUACAAACACGAGGUUUGUGAAUCUGCUGACAAAGCUGCUUUGGUUUUGAGAGAUAAGUUGUCUCUUUACUUGUCUGGAAGACUGUUACCUUGAUACUAUUUGCUUUCAAUGGUGAAAUUUGAGUAACUAAAACUAUAGGUCAAGUUUAUAGUUAGAGGAGAUUUUGAGACAAGUAAAGCAGAUUGAGAUAACUUGACAUUCAAGAAUGUAAAUGAAAUUGAAUAAGAUGGAAAGUUUAUAUAUAUAAUUUAAUAUUUUUACAUUAA